AUGUCGUUGGCGAUGCCAUUUAUCGACAACGAUUUACUAUGGAGUUCCGAUCAUGACGGAAAAAUGGUAGACAUUUCUUCUUGUCUUCAGGACGCCUCCGUGGCCAUUGGCCAACAAAAUGCUGCUACGGGAGCCAACGGUUUGGGAGAAUUAUCCCAAUCUGAUCUCAGUUCCCUUGUCGUACCUGUCAUGCACGAUCCUAACAUGGCGGAUGAGGAUAUUUUUAAGCACUUGUCUGACACCACUGCCAUUGAAAUAGAAAGCAUUUUAAGGGAUAUUAGUCAAACGACUUAUAUUAAGCAAGAAGAACCUAACUCGUCGCAUGAUGAAUCCGAUGCUCAUUCGCCUUCCGACCAAAAGAGCGCGCAAGUUUUAUUGGAAAUGCGUAAAUAUACAAUCGCCGCGGCAAAUCCUAUACUGGCGGAGAAGUUAGCGACACCUACCGAACAAAGUCUAACGCAACUUUGUACUAGUCCAACGAGCAGAUCACAGCUGGCGCCACUGACACCGAAAUUAGAGAAAGUUGAUAAGGAACAAAACAACUAUAAUCAACUCCACCAACUACUGUCACGACAAAGGACCGACCUGCAACAUCCUAGUUUAUGCGAAUAUGGAAGACGAAAAUCUGUUUACCCAACUACAACUGGUUCUCUCCCACCUAGUCCCGCUGACUCCGGAGUAUCGGACGUCGACAGUUCAUCUUCAGGGCACACUUCAACUGACGAGCUGAAAGCCAGACUGCAACCUUCCAUACACUCACCAGUAGGCACUCUCUUUCCAAGACAUCCGUUCUCGUGGAAUAACACACACCAUGGACAGAGGCCGCCGAGUCACAUGUCACAACAGUUUUACCAACCUUUCGCAACAAAUUUGGACCCUUACAACAGCUACCUGUUACAGCAACACCAAGUUCAGCAGAAUCACCAUAUGCACCACCAUACUCAGUCUCCCUUCACCACGCCCUCCCCUCCCUCACCCCCCAUAAGGCACUCCAUACCAACCUCGGUAAUCCAGGCAGCUACCAGUAGUAUGUACGACGACCCUUAUAUGUUAGGAUUUUCCCCAAGGAAGCUAAAAAAAGUGAAGAAACAAAAAUUGGGUGAAACUGGAACGGUGAAGAGGAAGUCCAGGGAAGGAUCUACAACGUACCUUUGGGAAUUCUUACUCAAGUUAUUACAAGAUAGGGAAUACUGUCCAAGGUAUAUAAAAUGGACGAAUAGGGAGAAGGGUGUCUUCAAGUUAGUCGAUUCCAAAGCUGUUUCAAGGUUAUGGGGUAUGCACAAGAACAAACCUGAUAUGAAUUACGAAACCAUGGGUAGAGCCUUAAGAUAUUAUUACCAGAGAGGCAUUUUAGCUAAAGUAGAUGGUCAGAGGCUAGUAUACCAAUUUGUAGAGGUACCUAAGGAUAUAGUCGAAAUAGACUGCACUGGUGCAGCGUAA